CUGCGGGACACCGGCACAGACAGCUGAGGGGAUUCUGAAUGUCCAACCGGGACGGUCUGCGGACAGCGCGAGCGCACACGCACGCUUCCAACAGGUCAGCAGCACCUGAGGAGACAAUCGGAAGGUUUAGGUUGACUUGCCGUAGCAGACCCGCGGCAGCAGGAAGGAGGGCUCGGUGAUGGUGAUGGCCAUGGAGGACGCCUGUCCCAACGGGAUGCGGGAGGAGGAGGAGGAGGAAGCGACUCCCCCCACAGAUGCGAUGGUUACAGGACAGCCUGCUGUGGAGGGACCCCCACCGGUUCAGUCCACACAGGGACCUAAUGCGUCUGGAGCCAUGCAGCAGGCGUUGGAUAAUGUGAGUGACCCGCCAGCCUCCGUGGGAGCCAAAGACAUCGACCUCCUUUUCCUGCGUGGCAUCAUGGACAGUCCCAUUGCCCAGGAGAGGACCGAGGAGGUGAAACUGGAGGCAGUGCAGGACAACAAUGUGGAGCUGGUGACGGAGAUCAUCGGCGACAUCAGCAGCCUCAAAGUGAAGGACGACAGCGCGGCCGAACUGUCACGGAUCCUCCAGGAGCCGCACUUCCAGUCUCUUUUAGAAGCACACGACAUGGUGGCCUCAAAAUGCUAUGAAGUCCCGCCCCCUGCUGAGACGGCCAACGAUGCGGCGGUGAACAACGCCCUGAUGCAGGCCGACGCCGUGCGCAUGAUCGGCAUCCGAAAGAAGGCCGGAGAGCCGCUGGGCGUGACCUUUCGAGUGGAGAAGGAUGACCUGGUCAUCGCUCGAAUCCUGCACGGCGGUAUGAUUGACAGGCAGGGCCUCCUCCACGUGGGCGACAUCAUCAAGGAGGUGAAUGGGAAGGACGUCGGCAACAACCCCAUCGAGCUGCAGGAGAUGCUGAAGGACUGCAGCGGGGGCAUCACGCUGAAAAUUCUCCCUAGCUACCGAGACGCCCCCACCCCGCCACAGGUGCACGUGCGACCGUACUUUGAUUACGAUCCAGCCAGCGACAGCCUGAUCCCGUGUCGAGAGGCAGGGAUGGCCUUCAAGAGAGGCGACAUCCUUCAGAUUGUCAACAGGGAGGAUCCCAACUGGUGGCAGGCCUGCCAUGUGGUGGGCGGAGCCACUGGACUGAUACCCAGUCAGUUCUUGGAAGAGAAGAGGAAAGCUUUUGUCCCUCGAGACUUUGAUGGAUCAGGGAUCCUUUGUGGAACCAUAGCUGGAAAAAAGAAGAAGAAGAUGAUGUACCUCACAGCCAAGAAUGCAGAGUUUGACAGGCAUGAGCUGCAGAUCUAUGAGGAGGUAGCAAAGGUGCCCCCGUUCCAGAGGAAGACACUGGUUCUGAUUGGUGCUCAGGGAGUGGGCCGGCGCAGCCUGAAGAACCGACUGAUGGUCCUCUAUCCAACGCGCUUCGGCACCACUAUACCAUUCACCUCUCGGCGGCCGAGAGAUGAAGAGCUCACUGGCAAUUCCUACCACUUUACGUCGAGGACGGAAAUGGAGGCGGACGUCAAGGCCGGACAGUUCCUGGAACAUGGCGAGUACGACGGCAACCUGUACGGCACCAAGAUAGAGUCCAUCCAUGAGGUGGUGGCCGCAGGACGCACCUGCAUCCUGGACAUCAACCCGCAGGCUCUGAAGGUGCUGAAAACGGUGGAGUUCAUGCCUUAUGUGGUGUUCAUCGCAGCGCCUGAGUUCGACACGCUCAAGGCCAUGCACAAAGCUGUGGUGGAUGCCGGACUCACCACAAAGCAGCUCACGGAUGUGGACUUGAAGAAGACUGUGGAUGAGAGCGCCCGGAUCCAGCGGGCUUACAACCACUACUUUGACCUGACCAUAGUCAACAACAACCUGGACAAGGCGUUUGAGACGUUACAGGCCGCUGUUGAAAAACUGUGUAACGAGCCCCAGUGGGUCCCUGUGAACUGGGUGUACUGAGGAGGAGCACGGAUCUGCGCCCCCAUCACACCGACUCGCCAGCGAGUGUAUGGAUCUGACCGCAACGUCCAAAGAAGGGCAGCAGUCAGCUAUUUUAAAUAAUAUACUUGAGCUUGGUUUCAUAUAGCGGUCUCAUCUUGUUUAGUCAAAUAAUCUCACUUAGGAGGGUAAUCUUUUGAUGUUAAUCAUUGCGCAAAGUGCUUAGUCGCCUAAAGUUUUUAGCCUAGUACAGAGGAAACUAACUUUAUUUUAGUUGACAAAACAUCAGUGUCUUACCUCAAAAGUGGUGGCUAUUAUGUACCACCAUUUGAUGGAGGAGGAAGGAAGGAGAGCCUUGCGGCGGGAGCGGGUGUUCCGGGACUGGAAUAAUCCAUUGGCGAUGUUUACGGACGCCGAAACCGGGAGCGCGUUCCUUCUGGUGCGGCAGACUCUGCCAGGUAUUUCACAGACGACCACCCCGGAAGUAAACAAAUCUCUCGCGCAUCAGAGGUGUUUCUUGGCAACGCCACUGGCAAGGCCACUUAUGCCCGUGAAAAUCGACGACUAACGUUAGACGGCUAAUCUACAAGUUUAGCAGUCAAUGUGAAAUGGAGAUUAGAUGGCUAAUGUUGGGUGGCUAACCUUAGUCAAUUAAGUAAGUUUAGUAGACUAUUAGAUUAGACCACUUUAUGAAACCGGGCCCCAGUAAUUUACAAAACGACGAAAAACUUGCUGCACUCUCUUCUUGGGCCUGCACAUCAUGCAACUUUUUCUACACAAACUCAAAAGACAAAGAGUGUGCUUAUUUAUUUAACUGUUUAUAACUUUUUAUGAAAGAUCUUUCUAUUCAUACCGAUGUGAAAUUCCAGUGAGAAUUAUACUGAAGGUCUAGUGAAAUACUCGGGCCAUAUUUUUUCAUUAAUCUAUUACAUUAGGCAUAGUUUUUAGUCGCAUCCCCUUGAGAUCAAGUGUUGUCGUCACUUUCCUUUUGUGAAAAUGUUGAUCGAUUGUUGCCAUCCCAAGUUCCAACAUUGAUGCGCCAAUCAAGAGCUGUGGAUGCCAUAGAGGACAGUCAUCAACUUUCCACAUAUUUGGAACACUCUCGUCCAGUGUAGAAAACAUUCCGUUUAAGUUUAUCCAAAGGAAACAAUGUCACGUCUUUGUUUAGCUUUAAUAAUUUUUUUCCUCGAGUGUAGGGUUUUUUCCCCUCCUCCAAAUGAUCAUUAUUCUAAUGUAAUGAGCCUGUCGUGUCAUUUUACGUGUGAGAAUGUGGCGUUUAUGCUCUCGCUCAUUGAUGUGACCCUCAGUGUUGCAGUAACCAAAGCAAAUCAAAUAAAGUUGGAAAUUCACUCUGUUUCAGUAUUGGCUAUAAGAUGACUUUAAUAAAACUUAAAAAAAAAAAAAUUUUUUUAAAUUAAAUCAUAACUAAAAGGGUACUAACAUUUUCUUGUAGAUCUGCCCCAAAAUAAAUUAUCUGUAUUUCAGGUCAGCCUCAAGAAUUUAGCAGUUUUGUUGAGA